UGGCAGUUACACUCUACCCUUUUUUAACCUCGUUUCUCCCCAGUGUGCGGAAUUUGAAACUUCAGGGUUGUGGCUGUUAUGAUUCUACGAGCUGAGGUGCAAGGACAAGUGGAGAUGUCAGGGCUCUAGAGUUCCCAGACUCUAAGCCUCUGCAUUCGAGCAAACAACGCGGGCAAGCGCAGGUUUCCGCCCUGGGAGGCUGAGGCUCCCCCGGAGCCCCUCUGUGCCACUCCCUGCGCUCCUUAGAGGCCAGCGGAGCCGGAGACCCCGGGAUGCUCAGCGCGCAGUCAGGCUUCUGGACAGUCCUGAGAGCCUCUGCCCAGCGCAGCAGGCUGGGGCGGAGGGGAGGGCGGGGGAGCGGGGAGACCCGGUCCCGCCCCGCAGCCGACUUCCUGAUCCCCAAGGGCUGCCGAAAGGAGAGGCGGGCGGCGGCCUGAGACCUCGGCACCAUGCAGGGCGCGCGCGACGCCAUCCUGGAGGCGCUGGAAAACCUGACCCCCGAGGAGCUCAAGAAGUUCAAGCUGAAGCUGCUGUCUGUGCCGCUUCGCGACGGCUACGGGCGCAUCCCGCGAGGGACGCUGCUUCCCAUGGACGCCAUAGAUCUCAGCGACAAGCUCGUGAGCUUCUAUCUGGAGGGGUACGGCGCCGAGCUCACGGCCAGCGUGCUCUACGACAUGGGGAUGCAGGAGUUGGCCGGGCAGCUGCGAGAGGGCAGGCGCAGUGGUCCUGGAGCCGCCCCAGCUGCAAUCAAGGGCCCUCCUCGGAGGGCAGCCCAGCCAGCACACUUUGUGGACCGGCACCGGGCGGCACUCAUCUCUCGAGUUACAGAAGUCAACAGGGUGCUGGACGCCCUGUACGGCGCUGUCCUGACCGACGAGCAGUACCAGCAAGUGCGGGCACAGGCUACCAACCCGGAAAGGAUGAGGACGCUCUACAGCUUUACUGCAGCCUGGGACCUGAACUGCAAGGACCUGCUCCUCCAGGCUCUGAGGGACAGCCAGCCCUACUUGGUGUCCGACCUGGAGAAGCACUGAGGCAUCUUCCCCAGGAACACUCAACAGCUUGAGCCAACUUAAAUCUGUGAUUUUUUAAAAUAUACAAUACAUGGAAAACCGG